AACAGCCAGAGUUCAGUCAAUCAUUGAACUGAUGAAAGUCACCUGCUGAGAGCUGGGAGGAAACCACCAGUGUGACUGAAGAGGAUCACUUCCCUUCACCGUUCAACUGACAAACAACCAAACAUGAGCUUCCACAUAGUUCUGCUCCUUCUGGCUGCGAGCUGGAGACGCUGCGCUGCACAGGUGAACAGAGAAGAAGAAAUCAAACCUCCAGAUGGACACCGAGGUCAUGACGACGCGUUCUUCGCCCUGCAGAGCUGCCACCAGCUGCUGCGCAGCGACACCGGAGAGUUUUUCUCGCCGGACUACCUGUGCUCCAACCCGUCUCUGUGGUGCAACUGGACCAUCCAGGUGGAUCCUGGGAAGAGGAUUCAUCUCCACUUGGAGGACUUGACCCCCGACGACGUCUGCCACCUCAAACAGGACCAGAUCCACGUGGACGAGCCCCUCGGUCGUUUUGGGGUCCACAAGAUCCUGCAGAAGUGCUGGCGUGAGGCCAAGUACACCACGACUUCCAACACCCUGAACGUGGUGCUGCUGAUUGGUGCCUGGCCCGACUCGCCCUACAGGGGCUUCUACGGCCGCUUCCAGGCAUUUGGACCGCCAGUGAUUUACAACCCACAGGACGGGUUCACAGUGGGAGACGAGACCUCAGAACCAGCUCUCGGACCAGUGGACGUCACUGACUUUGGAAUGAAUGGUGAACAGCCGGAGCCCAAUUUUCAUCCAUCACCAGUGAACAUUGAUCCAUUGUAUGAUUAUUAUGAUCAACAUUCAGUCAUGAUGGCUGAGCAGCUGUGGCAGCCUGAGGAGGCGGCGGACACAGACGCUGAGGUGAGCGAAAACCUCCAUCCAUCCUUGGGAAACUACAGUCACAUGUACCCGUUAACAGCUGUACCCACAGCGCCAGCGUCCACUCAGGGGACGUCCCGAUCAGGAAGAGAUGCUGCACCCACCGCUUCCAGUCACUCAGACUCACCUGUCGACCCAGUGACUCCUCAGCAGCAUCACACUCAAAAUCAUCAAAACGAUCGCAUCCCAGCAGCAGUACGAAGGAACGCGGAGGAAGCUUCGACUGUUCCGGAGGAUGUUGCCGGUCCAGAAAAGGCUUCGACCCUUCCAGAAGAAGCUUUGAUCCUUCCAGAAGAAGCUUUGAUCCUUCCAGAGGAAGCUUCGACCGGUCCAGAGGAUGAGAGUGGUUCACACGGCCGGUCAGAAGAGGAGGAGUCUGCUGCUGGUUCAGAACAAGCUGCAGACAGUGAAAACAGACCUAAGGUCAGCGAGGCCUCAGACCAGCAUCCCUCCGCCUCUGAGACCGAACAGACUCAUCCUCACCCCAACAUGGUGGAGCCGCUGUCGGACCACAGAGGGAACAUGAAAGUGAGAAAUCACUCGGACGUUCCUCACCUUCCUGGUGGUCACCUGUUGGAAGUGGCCGUUGAGGUGAACUUCAGGCAGGAAGUGGACGAGUCCUGGGACAACGUGGCCGCGUCGCUGCUGCUGUCGGUGAAGACGCUGAUCAGUGAGCGGCUGGAAACUCUGCACACGUCCCUGUUGCCUAAAAGAAUAAAGAGGUUGAGUGCAGGAGUGGUGUUUAUCCUGUGGCUGCAGACGCGACAGGGCCCGGGGAGCGACCACGUGCACAGGGUCGUGGACGCCGCCAUCCAGAGCCUCAUCGACGCCAGUGUGGGCCGCAGAGGAAUCCACAGGAAGGCCGUCAUCAUGUCUGUGUCGACUGCAGACGUGAACGAGUGUGGGACCCAGCUGAUGCUGUGCGACGUUAACGCAGAAUGUGAGAACCGGUUCGGCUCGUACUCGUGCGGCUGCCGGCCGGGUUUCCUGGACAAGUCCCGUCUGGGAUCUGGAGGAACCGUCUGUGUGGACGUGGCGGCUGCAGGUUGCAGCCAAGGCCUGUCAGCGGAGACCAAAGGUGUCUACGUGCUCUUCUUCCUGCUCAGCUCCCUCAUCCUGAUGCUGCUGGUGGCCGCCGGGAUGCUGUACCGCCGUCACCACCAGGGGACCUUCCUGGUUCACUGCCAUAGCAGCAGCAUCUCUCCUCCUGACCCCAACAACAACCGUCACCAUCACGACGGCUACUCCAGCGACUCUGACAUGCCCCCACCACCCCCGCCCCCCCGGGCUGCCCCCAGAGAGGGCUGGCCCCAGGUGAAGGAGCUCUGUCCCACCGUGGACCUGCCGCUGCUUCGCUUCAGCCCUCUGCUGCCGCCGGACGUCUACCUGGAGCCACGGCACGGCGGCAAGAUGUGAUCACAGCGUCACGACUCCAUUCGUUAAAAUCUCUUUAUUUAGUUUUCUUUCACUUUGAGUCUGAUCCUCUGUAAUCUGAUGAAUUAAAGUCACAAUAAAACUG